AUCGUCACGAAGAAAACAACGAAGCAGCCUAAUGUUUCGAAUGUGGCGCCUCGGACAAUCCCACUUUCGUUCGUCUCGCGGGCAAUACGCAACCGCGCGUACAUCGAAAAAGCAUAUAGUGGCUGCCUUUCUUGAAACGCCAGUAAUCAGCGUCUAGUCUUGUCACGAACCAUCGCGAUCGGCGGUGUCUCCUAUCUUCGUGCCGGCGUACUACGCGAGGAAGCCUCUUGCUGUUCAACCUGCCUGCAGUAGAUUCAGCCUGACAGUAUUCGCCGUGCUUUUUAAACGAGAAAACAUCGCCGAAACGGAGCUCCGACUCUCGCGGGAGACAGGUCGAAGGGAAACCGAGCCGACGGCCCCAUUCAAGUUCAUGUGUUACGACGUACGACGAGAUGAAGCUCACGCAAAAGUGUCUCGGGAACAUCAGCAAGAUGCUGGACUUUUACUCGCAGUUCAACCCCUCGCCGCUUUCGAUAAAACAGUUCAUCGAUUUCGGUCUAAGUGCCUGUGAGAGGAAGUCGUUCAUAUUCUUGAGGAAGGAGCUACCAGUCCGAUUGGCCAACAUUAUGAAAGAGAUCCACCUGCUGCCGGAGAAUUUGUUGAACAUGCCUAGUGUGGGUAUAGUUAAUAAUAUGUACGCCACUUCGUUUGAGGAUAUCAUGCAGUUCGAGAAGGUUGAUGUCAACGAGACCACUUUAGACAAAUUCUGUCAGACUUUGGUUAAAAUCCGGAACAGACACAAGGACAUCGUGGAGACGAUGGCGCAGGGUGUUCUCGAGUUGAAGGAAUCUCACGACGUCGAUGCCCAGACGGAGAACAAUAUCCAGUACUUUUUGGACAGAUUUCUCAUGUCACGAAUCUCUAUUCGCAUGCUGAUCAAUCAACACACGCUCCUUUUCGGCAACGAAUUAAACGGACAUAGCAGACACGUGGGAUCUAUAGAUCCGUCCUGUGAGAUAAUCAGCGUCGUGAAAGACGCUUAUGAGAAAGCGAGAUUGUUAUGCGAUCAAUAUUAUCUGGCUAGUCCGGAACUGAUAGUUCAGCAACAUAACGAGCUUGAACGAUGUAGCCAAAUUAGAAUAGUUUACGUGCCGAGCCAUUUGUUCCAUAUGCUGUUCGAGCUUUUUAAGAACAGCAUGCGAGCUAUCAUGGAGCACCAUAGCUCGAACGCGGAGUAUCCGGCGAUAGAAGUGAUCGUGUCGCGUGGCAAAGAAGACAUUUGCGUCAAGAUGUCUGACCGAGGCGGUGGUAUUCCCCGCUCGCAAAUGGACCAUUUGUUCAAAUACAUGUACAGCACAGCGCCUAGGCCAACGAAAACCGAUGCUCACACCGUUCCACUAGCUGGAUACGGCUACGGUCUUCCAGUAUCUCGAUUAUACGCCAGAUAUUUCCACGGCGACCUCGUUCUUCAGAGUUGCGAUGGCUAUGGCACCGACGCUAUAAUAUACCUGAAGGCUCUAUCGAACGAAGCCAACGAGCUGCUGCCAAUCUUCAACAAAACUUCCUCGAAAUUUUAUCGGACUCAAGUAUCGACCACCGAUUGGAGCAGCCACUGCGGCGGUGGAAUGGCCACGAGGCAGCUACGCAUGAGCCACGUCCAAGGGCACAAACUCCCACGUGGAAUGGAGAUCAGGCAUUGCUAGUAAAAUUCCAUUUCCAUGGACCAAAGAAUGGAGAAUGUUUCCUUUUUAACGAGAUGUUUCUUGAACGAGCAACGAUACCGAUCGACGGAACGUUGUUAAUCAGGGCAACUGCUUCUGCUGUAGGUUGCUCGAAAAGUGAGAGUACCUUGCGACUUUCGUCUCAUGAUCUGUAGAGGAAUAGCCGAUAUCGACGACCUUUAUAAUUGGGUACAUAUUUCCUCCACAGACGACUGUACGGUUGUCAACAAACGUUAUUGCUUCGUCAGGGACGUCGAAUGAACUGAUUUCCUCGUUUGUAACCGCAGUUAUAUGCUCAUAUAUCACAAUUAUCGAAAUUCGGCUACACUUUGCGUGUUUCCGUCUUCUUUUCUGUUUUCUUUUUCUUCUCUUAUCUUUUUUUGACGAAAAUGAUGAAAUGUAUGGGGCAUCCAGAUAACUGUGACAAAGUCUAUUUCUCUGAUUUUUAGAACGUCAAAAUAUCUGUUUAGUUUUUAAACCUUUGAGUGUCUAGUUUGUAUCAAAGUGAUUAGUUUUUUGUGAUUAGUUACUUGUUGAAGAUUCAGAAAGGAUUAUUAUAGAUAUUACUGCAAAUUUUUAUGUAUCUUAAAAUUUUUAUGGACUUACUAUGUGAAGAAAUAGACGAUGUGACGAAUAGAAAUAUUAUAGUAAAUAUGGACUUUGAAUAUUUUAAAUAUUUUUGAAUGUGAUAUGCAUUUUUCC